CCACGACGCAUGCAACGACUUCGAUUGAUGCUUGACCGUUUCGUGGGCAAUUCGUUCCAAACACUAUAUGGCUGUCGAAGCUUGAUCUCACACCUCGGCCUGUCCAAUCACAAUUGGGCUGUUCAAACUCAGCGAUCGUCCCCAGAGCAGUGGCCGGUUAAGGCUUCAGCCGGCACUCGGUGGUAUUUCGAGAACCGUGGAAAGCUCCGAAUUUGUGGAGAAGUUGGCGAUGCAACUGUGAACGGUGGUGGGGAUAGCACAUAAGAAGAAGCGUCUUUCUACAAGACCGGCCCACCCGCUCGUGUCGAUCAGAAGCCGCAUCUAAACUUUGGCCUCGAAGUUGCAGCCUCUUCUUGCACCGAUCGACACCCAUCCCAUCCCUGUCUUAGAACCCCGACAUAAUAUGGCUGAUACUCUGAGGAUAGCAAUUGUUGGCGCAGGCAUGGGCGGCCUUGCAGCAGCCCUCGCCCUCGCCAAAUCUGGCCACAAGAACAUCACAAUCUAUGAAAAUGCGACCAACCUCGGCUUCGUGGGUGCUGGUAUCCAGCUCGCCCCAAACAUGGCCCGGAUUCUGGAUAAGCUGGGUUGUUGGCAGCAAAUCGCUGCCGAGGCUGUGCAGUGCGCAAAUACGUCGAUAAGAGAAGGAAGCUCGGAUAAAGAGCUCGGGUAUGUAGACCUGGAGUAUGUCAAGGAGAAGUACGGAUACCCGCACAUGGUGGGGCAUCGGGCAAGUUUGGCCGGAGGUCUGUAUGACGGGUGUAAAGGAGAAAGUGCCGUCAAGUUUGCUUUGGGAAACACCAUCUCAGACAUCAGGUUCGGACCCAAGCCGACGUUCAAAGCCACUCCCGCGGACGGUGGGGAGACAUACGAUGUAGAGUGCGAUAUCUUACUCGGAGCCGAUGGCGUGAAGAGCAGCACACGCGUUGCUAUGCUGCAAGAGCUUGGUCUCACUGGCUCAGCAAAAGAUUCGGGUCAGGCCGCGUACCGUAUCAUGUUGACGCGGGAGCAGAUCAAAGACGACGCAGAGCUGUUGAAACUCCUCGACUCUGACUCGGUGACACGCUGGAUUGGCGAGAAGAAACAUAUCAUCGCAUACCCCAUCCACAACAAAACAAUCUACAACAUCAGCACCGCACAGCCCGACAUCAACUUUGCGGGCGCGCCAGAUGCACAAUACACUACUAGGGGAUCAAAGUCCGCAAUGAAGCAAACCUAUGAUGACUUUUGCCCGAUGAUACACCGAAUGCUAGAUCUGGUACCGGAAGGAGAUGUCGUCGAAUGGAAGUUGAGAGUUCACGAUCCGCUGGAUACAUGGGUACAUGGCAGCACGGCGCUCGUGGGCGAUGCGUGCCACCCGACGCUUCCACAUAUGGCCCAAGGCGCGGCGCAAGCUAUUGAAGAUGGCGCCGUGCUAGGCGUUGUGCUAUCACCGUCUCGCAUUUCAGGCAGCAGCCCGGAGACUAUCAAUCACGCACUCCGGAUCUACGAGAAACUGCGGAAACCACGGGCAGAAGCGUUGGUGGAGCUGGCGGCGGAAAGCGGGCGAGCGAUGCACUUGGGAGCCGGCAAGGCGAAAGAGGAGAGAGACAAGGCUUUCGCAGCGGCAAGGAGUGGGUUAGGCAAGGUGCCGGAUAAGUGGGCGGAUGCGGAUGUUCAGGCGCAAGUCUAUGGGACGGACGUGGUUGCUGAGGCGUUGAAGCUGUGUGAAGAGGAAGGGCUGGUUGCGAAGCUGAAUGCAUGAAUAUGUUUGUAUCACAAGUAUUUUUAGAUAUACACAAGAUUCCAAAGUCCAGAUGACUCCUCUGCUGCCAUGCCACUGACAACUCACUCCUUUCACAUCCUCGCAGACAUGUUCCCUCUCAUUCUAUCACCUUUCCAAUGCGUCACGGCAACCGGAACCAAAGCCGCGAUAACAAGUAAUCCAGCCACAAUACCAGCACUGCCAGCAAGGCCGAUGUUGGUGAACAUAUCCGGGAACCAGAAAGGCCCGAUAAACCCCCAUAUCUGCCUAACAAACGUGAUGAAUACACCAAUACUGCC